AUGGGAACAGGACGCGGAAAAACCCAAUGUUACGGUUUUAUUUGCUCUUGGUCCUAUAUAAUGUCAAAGCUACCAGUUUUUGCUAAAUCGUUAGCUGAUAUGGGACACAAACGAGUUAGAAAAAACCCUCGCAUUUAUCCAAAAGCAAAAGGAAAGUUUCUCAAAGUACGACAACCUACCCCAGUUGAUCCAGUGGAAGAUGCACUUUCCAAAAAGUGGUGGGUUGAUUAUCGAUUACAAUAUGAUGCCGUCAGGAGUCUUUUUCAAUAUGAAAUCUAUCGUCAUCAAAUGGAAGCCAUCUCUGCCUCACGAAUAGAUCAUGAAACUGAACGUAAUAGACGUCAUGAGCUAACGGAAACGUGGAACAAAGAGACCUUUCUACUAGCCACAGAUAAAUUUGAAAGGCUCCUAAAAGCAUUGGUUGAUAAACAAACUGAUAGACUAACUGAUUUCCAAAAUAAACAAGCAAAGUCGUCAGACAAAUUAAAAGCUGACCUUGAUGCAGUAGCUGUAAGUUUGAUUGUUUUUGUUAAAUAUAUGUGUGUAUAUUAAGCACUUUUAUGGUAGGACACGUAUCCCGACAUUAGUUACGGUGUAAAUAAGCCAUAUCUAUUCUUGAUUAUCCACAUGUAAGUUCAAAGUACUUUUAUAAGACUGGUAGAGACCUGUGCACGCACUCACCCUUAGUUGUAAGCCGUUAAAUAUAGCCUAAAAGUUUCUGUAUCUGGGUAGCUGUAUGUGUGGUGGUGGCGUGUCAGCUGAGAUCAAUAUACAUAUAGUAAAAUCCAGAGCGGCCUAUUGUAGUCCAGGCUAUCUUAUCACCAUCGUUGUGUAAGUCUGGUUGUAAAAGGUCCGAUUCACAUUGCUUCGGUGAAAGCAUUUCUGACCUGUACUUGCAAAACUUGAUUUCUUUGAUCUGAAGAUAUUAUCAGACAUGGCGCCAAAUAGAAAUAAAUGUCUAUCGUGCUACACUUCUCUCCCAUAUUCACACAUAUGGGAGCGAUUUCUUUAGCUGAAAGGAUUUUUUUGUGGUUAUGUUUGUUAUAAUUUGUGACUUGAAUGUCCUGUUAAUGUUUGACGUGAUAAUACUGCCAAUUAAAAUACAGUGAUCUAUCGAUCGGACCAGUGACACAUAAAACCCACGCAAGCAGUCUAGAGUACUUGUCGGUCCUGCUUUUUGCCUAACCCAGCCAGUUAAGUCCAGAACACCAAUCUCAGCCUCUGCGGUAUGAAUCGUUUAUUCAAACAUACUGUGUUUACAUACCAACCAGACGGACCACAUCGUACCAUAAAAUAGGAAACAACAUUUGUACAAGAUUUAGCCAAAUGUGGCUGUGAAUAAGGGAGGUAGUGGUUGAUAGACAGGGCAUAACUGAAGAAUAGUAAAUCGUAUGACAAUAGUCCAUAGGUCAAAAUAAAGACCAUAAUAAGAGGGACAUGAGCAUGAAUAUUUAUUUAAUUAUACGAUACAAAUAUGCGCAUAGUAUUGGUCCGUAAAUGGACCCCAAAGUUACCAUUCAUUAUUUUUAUCGGGACAUAACAAUGUUUUCCUCAACUGGACUGUUUCUCCCAUUAUUUGCUAUUUUCUUUCAUUUAUUUCUGUUCACUUAUUUUUUCUAUUAUGCUCACUAUCUUUCUUCUGUCUCUUCACUACCUCAUUUUCGUAUUUGUGUGUGGCAUAUUUAUUUUCGUGUCCAUUUGUGUCGAAUCUUCAUGUUUAAAUAUGUAAAUAUUUCUCGUUGCUAUUGCCUGUCAUCUUUCAUAAGCUAGCUGAUGCAACUCAUUAAUCAAGUUUAAGUACCCAAGUAUAAACAAUACUUUUAUAUGAAGGUUAGUUAUGCCACAUAAUUACCCAGUCGGAAGUAGUUAAAGUAUGGUCUGAGCUCACCAAAGUACAUCGAAAAGCCGAGUUUUAAAAGCUCAUUCACAACUCUAAAUGCUCCAUGGAAGUAUUUAUAGUCUUUCUGAAAAUCAUCUCAAUGAUUACAUAAAUUUUCGAAUAACCUUUCAUUUUUGGAUACUAAAGAUAAAAUGACAUUUUUCAUUAGUCCUUUGAAAUUAUAAUUCACUACCACACACUUAUUUUUUUUACAGACAUUAACUGGACAGAUGAUUACGGAAACAAAUUUAGAUGAUAAAAUUGACGAAAUCAUGAAUUGUGAUGUUGUUGAUUAUAACUUCGUGAUUGACCUCAGUGGUAAUAUUGUUCGAGGAACAAAACCAAUUAACAACGAACUUCAUAAAGUCGGUGUAGAGGGAAAUAUACAGGAAGAACCUUUUUCUGCUACAUCGUGAAUCCUUGUAGAAAGUUUUUCUCACGUUCUCGGUCGUUUUUGUGCAUGAGUAUAUUCGAUAAUUAGUACUAUAUAUACUUUGUAAAUAUAAAAAAUACACCCAUUUACUUCAUAU